CAGAGUUCAGCUCCCAGGAGGGGGAGGAGGGGCGUCCCAAAGAGGGGUCUCAAAGGCAGGCGUGGGGGGCCACCUCUGGAGGAGGCUCCCUGGAGCAGGCUCAGGGGGGACGGACGUUUGCGGGGAGCAGCUGGGGUUCCCGAGAGAGAGACCCCUGUGCCGGCUGAGGGGGGCUCCUUGACGCAAGGCCUUGGGGAGGCAGGAGCGAAGUCCUCGCAGAAGUGGGGGGAGGCCAGAGGAAGUGGCUGGCCUUGAACUGGCACCGUGCCUGCCACCAGGGCUUGUGCAUCCCCCCCAGUCCUCAGCUUGGCCUCUGAGCCAGCCCUCGGGCCCGGGGCCGGGGACCCUUCUCUUCUCCCAACUCUUCCGACCUAUGACCCCUGCUUACCUGAGACUCUGGGGGAACCAGGAAUCAGUGGCUGAGCCCAGGAGUGGACCCCCCAACACUGAAAGUUCAGGAGCCCUGGAAAGGAGAAGGAAUAAGACGACAGGAGGAAGAGAGAGAGAGGGUAGAAUGGAAGAAUCUCACUUCAAUUCUAACCCGUACUUCUGGCCUUCCAUCCCCACGGUCUCAGGACAGAUUGAAAAUACAAUGUUUAUCAACAAGAUGAAGGACCAGCUGUUGCCGGAGAAGGGCUGUGGGCUGGCUCCACCUCACUACCCCACCCUGCUGACAGUACCUGCCUCAGUGUCCCUGCCCUCAGGCAUCAGUAUGGAAGCCGAGUCCAAGUCAGAACAACUGACCCCACAUAGCCAGGCCUCCGUUACCCAGAAUAUCACGGUGGUUCCUGUGCCAUCUACAGGACUGAUGACCACGGGAGUCUCCUGUUCUCAGAGGUGGAGAAGAGAAGGGAGUCAAUCAAGGGGUCCAGGCUUGGUAAUCACGUCCCCCUCAGGCUCCCUUGUGACCACAGCCUCAUCAGCUCAGACCUUCCCCAUCUCGGCUCCCAUGAUUGUCUCAGCUCUUCCCCCUGGCUCACAAGCCCUGCAGGUGGUCCCUGAUCUCUCCAAGAAGGUAGCAUCAACCCUUACGGAGGAAGGUGGCGGCGGCGGAGGUGGUGGAGGCGGCAGUGUGGCUCCUAAAGCCCCCCGAGGCCGGAAGAAGAAGCGGAUGCUAGAGUCAGGGCUGCCUGAGAUGAGUGACCCUUAUGUCCUCUCCCCAGAAGAUGAUGAUGACCAUCCGAAAGAGAGCAAGACCUAUAGGAGCGAAGGGAACUGCGGCACAGGAAAUGGACAGAGCCUUGGGCUCAUGGAUUCAGUUCCCGGCUCCACCACGAACUUGCUGUGUGACCCUGGGUGCCGGAUGUGCUCCCUGACAUUCUACUCCAAGUCGGAGAUGCAGAUCCACUCCAAGUCACACACCGAGACCAAGCCCCACAAGUGCCCGCAUUGUUCCAAGACCUUCGCCAACAGCUCCUACCUGGCCCAGCACAUCCGAAUCCAUUCAGGGGCCAAACCCUACAGUUGUAACUUCUGUGAGAAAUCCUUCCGCCAGCUUUCUCACCUCCAGCAGCACACCCGGAUCCACUCCAAGAUGCACACGGAGACCAUCAAGCCCCACAAGUGCCCGCACUGCUCCAAGACCUUCGCCAACACCUCCUACCUGGCUCAGCACCUCCGUAUCCACUCGGGGGCCAAGCCCUACAACUGUUCCUACUGCCAGAAGGCCUUCCGCCAGCUCUCCCACCUCCAGCAGCACACACGAAUCCACACCGGGGACAGGCCAUACAAAUGUGCGCAUCCAGGCUGUGAGAAAGCCUUCACACAGCUUUCCAAUCUGCAGUCCCACAGGCGACAGCACAACAAAGAUAAACCCUUCAAGUGCCACAACUGUCAUCGGGCGUACACAGAUUCGGCCUCACUGGAGGUGCACCUAUCUACACAUACAGUGAAGCACGCCAAGGUGUACACCUGCACUAUCUGUAGUCGGGCAUAUACGUCGGAAACAUACCUUAUGAAACAUAUGCGCAAACACAACCCUCCUGAUCUCCAGCAACAAGUGCAGGCGGCAGCAGCAGCAGCAGCGGUGGCCCAGGCCCAGGCCCAGGCUCAGGCUCAGGCCCAGGCCCAAGCCCAAGCCCAAGCCCAAGCCCAAGCCUCUCAGGCAUCACAACAACAGCAGCAGCAGCAGCCACAACCACCGCACUUCCAGUCCCCUGGGGCAGCACCCCAGGGUGGGGGUGGCGGGGACAGCAAUCCCAACCCUCCACCUCAGUGUUCCUUUGACCUGACCCCCUAUAAGACGGCGGAACAUCAUAAGGACAUCUGCCUCACUGUCACCACCAGCACCAUCCAGGUGGAGCACCUGGCCAGCUCAUAAGACACCUGUGAUAUUUCCCACUGGGAAAGGAGAAAGAAGUUCUGGUCCCUUCUUUCUCCAACUCCUCUUAGUGGGAAAAGUCCUCCUCUUCCUUAACAGGCCUUGACUCCACCUCCUGGGCCAGGCACAGCCUGCCUUCACAGGAUACCAUCCUUACUUUCAACUCCUCUUCAAAAGGAACAUCAGCCCUACUGAUUGGCAAAGGAGUACUGAGCUGGCAGCAUUAUCCAGCAGCUUCCCUCCCAAGCAUAGCUUAAAAAUUGAGGGUUGGUGCUCAGGGGAGGGAUUUGCUAUGACCUCAUAGAGACUUUUCCAGUGUGGGCACUUACCCUCUCCUUACCCUCAUAAUCCUCAAAGUUGGGGGCUGAUAGAAGACUAGAGGCUGGCCCUCCCACAUAGCUAAGAGAAAGGGUCCCAAAUACAACCUGCCUUCUGUUCAUGCCUGUGAAAGAACAGGUUUAUCACCUGUCCCAAUCCCCGGAAGCUAAUUACCUACCUGUUAAUGGUCUCAUUUGUUUCGAUCUAAUGCUGAAAGGAGAUGAAGGGUGGUGGGGGCACAACCCCCCUUUAUUUUUAAGAGGGCAAGGGCUGACAUGGUCCCUAAGGGGCCAGAGAUCCUCAGAAUAAUCUAGGGCAAUUUAGAAGUGUGGGUUGUGGUUUCACUUGGAGCCUCUCCUCUUCUUUGCCAACCAAGCCCCUUUACUCCUACUUAUCCCACCCCAAAACUGAAGGAGCUAGGGGAGCUUUCUGAUCUGUAUGAAACCCUAGGACAAGGGGUGUUGUAAAGAAGGGAGAGUUCAGGGCAAACACAAAGACUGGACUUAGCUCCCCAGGUGCCACGGUCUGUUGCCGGACAUGAAUUUAUAUAUAAAUAUAUAUAUAUAUAUAUAUAUAAAUAUAUAUAUACCCACUCAUCACGGCCAUCUUUGUUGUAACCAUUUCUGUGUUUAUAAAUGCAUUAUCUAAGGAUUUUCAUAUUUGAUGUUUAUUUUUGUCCUUUUAUGUUUUUAUUCACCUUGUCUUCUGGCCAAUGGCAUUUUACUUUUUUUUUUUUUUAAUCAUGGCAGAUUUCAGAGAAAAGAGAAAAAGACAAAAAAAAAAUUUCAGGAAACCAGUUGUUAUAAAGCAAUUUAAAAUGAAGGAAAAAGAAAAGAAAAACUUAUGUACAACCCAAGGGGUGUUUUUAGAACCUUGUAUAGAAAUAAAUUCAUGUGAACAGA